CCGUCGCUCCCUCAGAAAGAAUACUGCCUCCCUAAAAAAACUAGGAAAAACAGUCUCCUCGCCGGCCAGUCGUCCUCGCCGUCGCCCUACCCAUCUCGCCGGCGCCGUCGAAGGCCCGCGGGAAGCAUGGAUGCCAUGGAGGAGGAUACGCCUCCCGCGCCACCGCUACCGCCACCGCCUACGACGGGCGCGAAGCAGCCGCCGUACAAGGAUCCUGACGACGGGAGGCAGCGGUUCCUCCUGGAGCUGGAGUUCAUCCAGUGCCUGGCCAACCCCAUCUACAUCAACUACCUAGCGCAGAAUCGGUACUUUGAGGAUGAGGCGUUUAUCGGGUAUCUCAAGUACCUCAAGUAUUGGCAGCGUCCGGAGUACAUCAAAUACAUAAUGUAUCCGCACUGCCUUUUCUUUCUUGAGCUCCUCCAAAAUGCAAAUUUCCGAAACGCAAUGGCACAUCCAGCAAGCAAGGAAGUUGCUCAUAGGCAGCAAUAUUUCUUCUGGAAAAACUACAGGAACAAUAGACUGAAGCACAUCCUGCCCCGUCCUCCUCCUGAACCAACUCCUGCGCCUGCACCAGCACCAGUGCCAACGCCUCCGCCUGUUCCUGCAGCACCAUCAUCUUUGCCAACUAUGUCAGCUGUUGGUGCAUCUGCAAUGCCCCCCAUGCAGUUUAUAGGAACUCCUGGCACCAACAACCCAAAGAAUGACAUGAGAAAUGUUAUGGGUGGUAGAAAGAGAAAGAUGGGCUAGUGAAACAUAUUGAUCAACUUCACGGCUGACGGCAUUCCAUGGAAGUGGAAACUUGCCUCGUUGUUAUUAGAUCUUUGAAGUAGUAGCAGACAAGCUUGUAGCAGCUCAUGCUUUCGAGUAGCUGGAGAUGUCCACAUGGCAUGCACACUUGGCACUUUAUUGACUUAUAAUCAUUUAUCUUAUCUUAGCCUUGUUGUAGUUGAAUUGAAUCUUUACUUGCUGAAACUUCGUGCCGACGGUGGCAGCCGUAAAAGCCAACAUUUAGCACAUAUUGUUAGAUGGAUCCGCAACAUUUGCAUACAGAGUUCCAUGAAACGCUCCAUUGCUUGUUCAUAUUA